AAUGUUAGUAGCGGAAAUCAAGAUAUUGACAAUUUAAUUAAGGCAACACAUAAUAAUCAGCCUAAAUUCAGAUUAGAGUGGAUCCCGUUUGAGGACUUUACAGAUAUAAACCAAAUUGGAAAUGGUGGUUUUAGUGAAAUCUAUAUGGCCACAUGGACAAAAGGAUCUAUAAAAAGUUGGAGCAGUAUAGAAAAAAGUCAUAAUCGAAAUAAAAAUCAAACAGUUGCAUUAAAAGUCCUUAAGGAUUCUAAAAAUAUCAAUUCAGCAUUCUUAAAAGAGUUACAAAAUAUCGUUAAAAGCCAGCCCAAUUCUUACAUGCGCCGCAUUAUUCAAUGUUACGGAGUAUCACAGUUUCCAAAAACAAAUGAUUAUAUUUUUGUUAUGUCUUAUAUGUCUAAUGGAAGUCUAAAUGAUUUUUUAUCUAAAAAUUUUAAAGAUGUUACUUGGAGAAUGAAACGUGACUUUCUUAAGGAUAUUGCUACAGGCAUUAAAUGGAUUCAUAAAAAUAAAAUUGCACACCGUGAUAUACACGGUGGAAAUAUAUUAAUAGGCAAUUUGAAAAGCAAUGGUCCUGAUUCUAACACUUUAAUUGCUGAUUUAGGGUUUAGUCGACCAGCAAAAGAUGAUUUGGAAAGUUCAGAAUGUAAUAUAUAUGGAAUUAUGCCAUAUAUUGCACCUGAAGUUCUUAACAAAAAGCAAUAUUCAUUUAGUUCAGAUAUUUACAGUUUAGGAAUGAUUAUGUGGGAACUUACAAAAGCUGAAGAAAAACGACAAGAAUUACUUAAUGCCGGGAAACUCAUUGCUAAAUAUAUUCAUCCUCAUUCUAAAACUCACAGUCAAUUAUUAAAUCCUACUAUAGACUCCAUGCUUUUAGAUUUACUUCAAGGUUCUAAAUCUUUUAUAUUACGUCCCAUAGAUUCUUUUCAAAGCAUUAGCAGCGAUUCAUUUAAUAUUAUUUCUGAACACUUUAAAAACGCUAACUGUCUAAAUUCAACGAUAAACAUACCACCUUCAAAAAAACAUUCUAUCGAAUUUUUACUAGAUGAAAAUAAUUAUAAUGAAAUAAAACGAAGAAAACUAUCAGAUAGUGAUUUACAGUCAUAUGCAUUAUCAUUAAAUGAUGCCAUUUAUCAAAUUACCAUCCUGAGCAAUUUGAAUUUAAAUCAUGAUAAGCUAUGUUAUGAGGCGGGAAACGCUCUAUCUGAAGCUUUAUCUGAGAUAUUAAGCAAUAACAACACACUAACAAAUUUAAAUUUAGAAAACAAUUAUCUUGGUGACGAUGCAGUAAUGGCUCUAGCCAAAGCUCUGUAUAAAAACACUACUCUUAUGUGUUUAAAUUUAUAUAAUAAUCGAUUUGGCGGUAAAGCCAUAAAAACACUGGCUGAAGCUUUAUGCAAAAAUAUCACCUUAACUAAUUUAGAUUUAAGAUCGAAUAAUCUUG